AUAGGGUUUAGGGUUUUCAUUUCCCCUCUCAACUUUCUCUGAUUUAUUUGUAUUGUAGCCAUUGCCUUCUUUGAAAUUUGAAUUUGUCAUUGUUGAGAUUCGUGGAUUUCCAGAUAUUGACCAAUUUUUUUGGGGUUCGGGUAUGGAGCAAAGAAGGUGGACGCUUAAUGAUUUUGACAUUGGAAAACCUCUUGGAAAGGGAAAAUUCGGCCAAGUCUAUUUGGUUAGAGAAAAGAGUAGUAAUCAUAUUGUUGCUUUGAAGGUACUCUUUAAGAGUCAAUUGCAACACUCCGAAGUUGUGCAUCAACUUCGACGAGAAGUUGAAAUACAAAGUCAUCUCCGACAUCCCAACAUCUUGCGCCUUUAUGGAUACUUUUAUGAUCAGAAACGAGUUUAUUUGAUUUUAGAGUAUGCACUCAAAGGUGAACUUUACAAGGAAUUGCAGAAAUGUAAAUAUUUCAGUGAAAGGCGUGCAGCUACUUAUCUUGCAUCAUUGGCCAGAGCCCUUAUAUAUUGCCAUGGAAAACAUGUAAUACAUAGGGAUAUAAAACCAGAGAACAUUCUUAUUGGUGCUCAGGGUGAACUGAAAAUAGCAGACUUUGGAUGGUCGGUGCAUGCAUUCAAUCGCAGGAGGACCAUGUGUGGCACACUGGAUUAUCUUCCUCCCGAGAUGGUGGAGAAUGUAGAACAUGAUGCGAGUGUGGAUAUAUGGAGCCUUGGUGUCAUGUGCUAUGAGUUUCUCUAUGGAGUCCCUCCUUUUGAUGCUAAAGAGCAUUCUGAAACUUACAGGAAAAUAGUACGAGUGGAUCUCAAGUUCCCUCCUAAACCAAUUGUGUCUUCCACCGCAAAGGAUCUCAUUCGUCAGAUGCUGGUCAAGGAUUCCUCUCAACGUCUACCAUUGCACAAACUCCUUGAACACCCUUGGAUUGUUCAGAAUGCGGAGCCGUCCGGUGUAUAUAGGGGCUAGAGUACCUCAUCAUUUUUUUUUAUUUGUUGGAAAAAAAAUUGCAAAUUUUCUUAUGAUCUAAUUUGUGAAAAGUGAAAUAAAUGCAAAAAUAUAGAGUUCGAUCAAUUAUGCAUA